AUGAAUGCGAUGUCUUGCCAAUCAGAAGCAGUUGCCAUUUUGAAGUGGUUAAUUAGGCAAACAAUUCCUCGAAUACCUUUUUAUCUGCAUUUACAUACCAUUUAUUUAUUCACGCCAUUACUAAUGAUUGCCUUUCUUCUAAGAGUGAUGAAAGGAACUCAUAGGAAAUUUGUAAACAAAGCUAAUGUUGGAAAAGGAGCCCGGUGGAUCUGUUUGGACAACAAUUCAGCAAUUAAUUCUAAAACAAAACACAAAAUCCCUUACGGAGAUUUUCUUUGA